AUGGACAUCCUUAAACAAGAGCUUCUGAAAGAAGUGGAAAAUCUCUUGAAGGACGUCGACGAAAAAAAAUUCUUUAAGCGCCUCCGCGAGAGGAGAAACGCAAGGCCAAGGCCAAAACCCCCCGCCACCAGAAUCAAUUCUAUCGCGAUCAGCAUCAGAACGAUCCUGUCUCGUUCUCUUCUAACCCUAUUUCCAAGCAAAAAAACCUUAAAUCAAAGCUCGAACCCUCCUUCAAAUCCCUCGUCGAGGAGCAGAACAUCAACAACCUCAAUCUCCACCAGGCGGAAGUCGUCUACAGCCUCCGAUGUAAUUUCAAAGGGAGGAGAAAAAUAG